GUAUGACGUCAUCGAAACGCAACGUCCUCAAUAUAAAAUAGAAAUGUAAAAUCCUCUUUACAAAACACACAUCUUAAAUUGUAUAAAAAUAAUUCAAGAUCAUAAUCAUUUUUAAAUUUGUUCAAAACACAUGGCUUUGAAAAACAUAAAUACCUCUCAUUGAUUGCGCUCUUAGCUAAUUCACUCCAGGUGUCAAACUGAUCAGUAGAGGUAAGCGCAGCAAGAGCAUUAAGGUGCUCAGAAAAUGGGGUUGAUGCGGAUGUGGGCUUUCUUGCUUCUCAUUUACUUUGCCAACUCUAAUCCACUGGAAAGUGUGCCAGAAUAUGAAGAUGCAGAAUUAGAAUGGGAGAGUUUGCAUCCAGAGCUGGAGAGCGAGAUGGAUAAAGUUCCUCCAGGCCUUAAAUCCAGAUCAUCCAUGUUUCCUGACAGAUUGCCCAAGAGUAAAUCCUCACAACCUGUCAUGUCUUCAUGGCAUAGAAUUGUCUCUUUCUCGCAGGAUCCAAAAGAGCUAUUUAUUCCAGAAAAAGGUGUUAGACCUCUCCCGGAUUCGGUCAAGAAAAUGCUCCUUGCACCACCUCCCACUGUUGCCUCAAUUGGUGGCGCAGCCAAAUCUAAGCUUGUUGAGGUCUUGUGCCACAUUGACCGCAUGUACGUGAAAGUAAGCAAGGAGCUUUUCUCAACGAGAGAUGCAUUCAAAGACUUGAAACUUGGCAAGUGUCCUGUAAACGAAGGCACUUCGGAACAUUAUUUCCUUCUGUACCUUCUGAAUGCUGACUGUGGAUUCGAGAGAGAGAGUACUGAUGACCAUUUGUUCAUUAGUAUUGUACUCCACUACAAGCCAACUACUCCAGUUGUUCGAGAGAUGCCAUUUGAUGUCCUCUUGCAGUGCAAAUACCCAAGGCAUUUCCACUCAUUCCAUCCUGGUAUCUUUAUCAAAUUGAGAAGGGGCACGGUUUACAAACCACUGCGAUCAAAAUAUGCUUACGUCAUCACUCCACAAGAUGCUUCAGGAAAUGAAGUUGUUGGUGAUAAAACGUUCAUCCUGGGGCAGCCGAUGUACUUUGUGGUGAAACGAGCAGACGACGCUUCUUCGGACCAGAGGCUUUACAUCAACAAAUGUUUUAUGACUCCUCGCCAAGAUCCUUACUCUGAACCAAAAUAUACAGUUAUUGACAACCAAGGUUGUAUGAUUGAUAGUAUGGUGACAAAACAGUCCGCGUUUCUCAAGGGCCCCUUAAACAUUCAAAAAUUCUCAGUGAGUGCCUUCAUUUUCAAAGACACGGCUGUUUCUUCAUCAUCGCAACUCUAUCUGCACUGUGAAUUCUCCAUGGGUGAUCCAACACCAACGUCAAGCUUAAAGGCUUGCAAUUAUCAUCGAGCAACCAAAAAAUGGAAAGAGUUGCAUGGCAAUGACCGCGUGUGUGCCUGCUGUGAAUCCUCCUGCUUGCCACUAUCGAGAGCGUCUGUCAACAUGGUCUCAAGUCCGUCUUGGAAGGUCAGCUUCAAAGAUGAGGAUGGAAAGCCGGACUUUGAGCUGCAGCCGAAAUCUGCACUCUGGGGAGCCCCCAGCUUUGAGGACAUGACUGAACAUAGUGACUUCCUUAGCUAUUGGGAGUAAUUAUUGAAUGUCUUGUAAAU